CAUGGGCCCUAAGUGCCGGGCACUGACCACAGCCGGCGGCCGAAGGGUCAGGAGGGCCUUGGAGGAGAGAUGCCCGGCAAACAGUCUGAGGAAGGGCCGGCGGAGGCAGGGGCUUCGGAGGACAGCGAGGAGGAGGGUCUGGGCGGCCUGACGUUAGAGGAGCUCCAGCAGGGCCAGGAGGCUGCCCGCGCGCUGGAGGACAUGAUGACGCUGAGUGCUCAGACCCUGGUCCGAGCCGAGGUGGACGAGCUCUACAAGGAAGUGCGUCCCCUGGGCCAGGGUCGCUAUGGCCGCGUCCUUCUGGUCACCCAUCGUCAGAAAGGCACACCCCUGGCACUGAAGCAGCUCCCGAAACCCCGCACAUCCCUCCGUGGCUUCCUGUACGAGUUCUGUGUGGGGCUCUCGCUGGGCGCGCACUCAGCCAUCGUGACGGCCUACGGCAUUGGCAUCGAGUCGGCACACUCCUACAGCUUCCUGACGGAGCCCGUCCUGCACGGGGACCUCAUGGCCUUCAUCCAGCCCAAGGUGGGCCUCCCGCAGCCCGCGGUGCACCGCUGCGCCGCCCAGCUGGCCUCCGCCCUGGAGUACAUCCACGCCCGCGGCCUGGUGUACCGGGACCUGAAGCCGGAGAACGUCCUGGUGUGCGACCCGGACUGCCGGCGCUUCAAGCUGACCGACUUCGGCCACACGAGGCCUCGCGGGACGCCGCUGCGCCUGGCCGGGCCGCCCAUCCCCUACACGGCCCCCGAGCUCUGCGCGCCCCCGCCGCUCCCCGAGGGCCUGCCCAUUCAGCCCGCCCUGGACGCCUGGGCGCUGGGCGUCCUGCUCUUCUGCCUCCUCACGGGCUACUUCCCCUGGGACCGGCCCCUGGCCGAGGCCGACCCCUUCUACGAGGACUUCCUCAUCUGGCAGGCGUCGGGCCAGCCCCAGGACCGCCCUCAGCCCUGGUUCGGCCUGGCCCCCGCGGCCGACGCGCUUCUGUGGGGGCUGCUGGACCCUCACCCCCGAAGGAGGAGCGCUGUGAUCUCCAUCAGGGAGCACCUGGGGCGCCCCUGGAGGCAGCGGGAGGGCGAGGCUGAGGCAGUGGGAGCGGUGGAAGAGGAGGCUGGGCAGUGAGGAGGCCCCGGGGGAUGCAGAAAGGGAAGCCGCCCCACCCGAGGCCUCCAAGGCCGACGGCUUUUGGUUUCUCCUCAGUGUGUUUUCAUCCAUGGGGCUUGGGAUUCCCCUCUGCAUCCUCCUCCUCUCUCCUCUCUGCAGGCUGCAUUCCUCCCUUGGUCCAUGAGGGCCUCAGACCUCCGCAUGUCCCUCCAUACCUGCCGCCACCUUCCCCAGGGUCUCAGACCUCCGCGUGGCUCUCGGGAGCUGCCGCCACCUUCCCCAGGGCCUCUGCACUUGCUCUUUGCUCAGGACACUUUACGCUCAUCCCCUCACCCCCUGCAUGUUUAUUUUUUUUGAGACAGGGUCUCGCUCUGUCUCCCAGGCUGGAGUGCAGUGGUGCUCUCUCUGCUCACUGCAGUCUCAAAAUCCACAGCUCAAGCAAUCUUCCUGCCUCAGCCUCCUGAGUAGCUGGGACUACAGGCAUGCGCCACCACGCUAGGCUAAUUUUUAACUUUUUUUAGAGAUGGAGGGGUCUUGCUAUGUUGCCCAGGUGGGUCUCAACUCCUGGCCUCAAACAAUCCUCCUGCCUCAGCCUCCUGAGUAGCUGGGACUACAGGCAUGCGCCACCACGCUAGGCUAAUUUUUAACUUUUUAAAGAGAUGGUUGGGGGCGGGUCUUGCUAUGUUGCUCAGGC